GAAAGAAGAAGACGUGCGUGACUUUUGUGUUUUCUUAAACAAAUUACAUAUUAAUAAAAAAAAUAAUUUUAUAAUAUACAGAUUUAUGAAUUAUAAGUGAAAUAAAAAAUAAAAGUAUUACGCGUGCUCUCUGUGGAACUCAAAUGACUUAAAUAUAACCUUAAAAUAAAUUUAUAAAAUUUAAAAAAAGUACAAUGACAUUACUGAAGACUUUUAUACUUCGUUGUAUUAAUAGAAACGAUCCUUCAUUAAUUAAAAAUUUAAUUAAAUCAAGUAAUCGAUGUAUUCAAACAACAAGUCGUUUAAGUAACGGAGAAUAUGAAUGGCAAGAUCCUAAAUCACCAGAUGAAAUAGUAAAUGUUGUUUUUGUAGAUAAAGAUGAAAAAGAAAUAAAAGUUAAAGGAAAAGUUGGUGAUAAUGUGUUAUAUUUAGCACACCGAUAUAAUAUCGAGAUCGAAGGAGCUUGUGAAGCUUCUUUAGCAUGUUCAACAUGUCAUAUUUACGUUGAUCAUAAUUACUUAGAUAAAAUUCCAGAGGCGACUGAAAAGGAAGAAGAUUUAUUGGAUCUUGCUCCUUUUUUAAAAGAAAAUUCACGACUAGGUUGUCAAAUAAUUUUAACAAAAGAACUCGAGGGAAUUAGACUCGAAUUACCAAAAGCUACGAGGAAUUUUUACGUCGAUGGUCAUACACCAGCUCCCCAUUAAAUUAUAUAGUAUUACUGGUUUAUAAAUUUAAAAUAAUGUAAAUACGACACUUUAAUAAUGCAAACAAUGUUAUGCAAUUAUUGUUUAUAAUCAAAUGUAGUUAAUAAUAGUCUAAGUAUUAAUUUAACUAUUUAACAUUUAAAAUUAAUAACGACAUAUUUAAAAACAUAAAGGAUAUUUUA